AUGGCGUCUCUUUGGGCUCCUGCACCUGAACCGGCCACCGAGUUGGGACGUUACCGCGUUCUCUCUUCCACUGCCGGAAUUCGGGUUUCUCCGCUUCAGCUUGGAGCCAUGUCCAUCGGCAAUGCAUGGGCAGAAUCUAUGGGCUCCAUGAGCAAAGAGGAGUCAUUCAAGCUUCUUGAUGCGUUCCACGAAGCCGGCGGAAACUUCAUUGACACGGCCAACAACUACCAGGAUGAGCAAUCGGAGACGUGGAUCGGAGAAUGGAUGGCCCAGCGCAAGAACCGUGAUCAACUGGUGAUCGCGACCAAGUUCACAACGGACUUCAGAUCAUACAGUCUAGGCAAAGGGAAAGCCCCAAACCACUGUGGCAAUCAUAGACGAAGCCUUCAUAUGAGUGUUCGUGACUCUUUGACGAAGUUUCAAACCGACUGGAUUGAUAUUUUGUACCUUCACUGGUGGGAUCAGACCACGUCCAUUGAAGAGAUCAUGGACAGCCUCCAUAUCCUCGUGGAACAAGGCAAGGUCCUCUACUUGGGUAUCUCAGAUACACCAGCAUGGGUCGUGACAGCGGCAAACCUCUACGCUCGCGCUCACGGAAAAACACCUUUCAGCAUCUAUCAAGGAAGAUGGAAUGUCAUACUUCGCGACUUCGAGCGUGACAUCAUUCCAAUGGCACGCCAUUUUGGAAUGGCACUUGCCCCCUGGGAUGUCAUGGGCGGUGGAAAGUUCAAAACCAAGGCGGAAAUUGAACAACGCAAAGCACGGGGGGAGGGCCUCCGCAGCAUUUUGAGUCCGGAUCAAAGUGAAGAGGAAGCCGCAAUGAGUGCAGCACUUGAAAAGGUGGCCAAUGAACAUGGGAUCAAAUCAUUGACCGCGAUUGCUCUGGCCUAUGUCAUGGCGAAGGCGCCAAAUGUGUUCCCUCUUGUUGGCGGUCGUAAAGUCGAGCAUCUCAAGGACAACAUUCAGGCUCUCAAGAUCCGGUUGACGAAGGAGCAAAUCGAGUACCUUGAAAGCCAAACCUCCUUUGACAUUGGUUUCCCAGGCAACUUUAUCGGUCCGGAUCCCAAAGUGACCGGGAAAGCAUCUUUCCUCUUGGCUGCCAAUGCUUCGUACUCCUUUGUACAGAUACCCAAGUCUAUUACUGCUCCAGAGUAG